GUUUUUAAUUAUAAUAACAAAUUUAAUAAAGCUAUAAAAUUACAGUGUGUACUGGCAAACAAAGCUAUGUUUUCAUUGAUUAAGAAAUGUAGAAAACUAGACUUGCCUUUAGACACUCAAAUUAACCUAUUUGACAGUUGUAUAAAACCUAUCUUGUUGUAUGGAAGUGAAAUUUGGGCUUUUGAAUCUCUUGAUAUGUGUGAUAGGAUGCAACUGAGAUUUUUGAAAAUGUUAUUAAAUGUGAAAAGUAGCACGCCAACAUGUAUGGUGUUGGGUGAAUUGGGCACUUUUCCUGUGUCAAUUUUUGCAAAGUGUAGGUUACUGUGUUUUUGGUAUAGAUUAUACAUGGAACAUAACUCUGGAACCCCUAAACUAUCUGUUCUCUUGUUUCAUCUGUGCAAUUCUCUAGCUGAUAGCCCACUAUGUAAACCUUCCUGGGUUAGCUAUGUACGUUCACUAUUAGAUUCCUUAGGUUUUUCCACUUUUUGGAAAUUUGGCUGUAGUUUUUCUCCCUGUAAUUUUAAAAACAUUGUAAUGCAACGUCUAAAGGAUCAAUUUAUUCAAAAAUGGAAACAAGAAAUAUAUACAAAUGAGAUUUGCACCGCUUACAGAAUGUUUAAAGAAUAUUUCAUUUUCGAGAACUAUUUAAUAGACCUGCCACCAGCUCUGAGAUCAAACUUAAUAAAAUUUAGACUAAGCUGUCAUAAACUCCCUAUUCAGCAAUUAAGAUAUAGCGGUAUACCGAGAUAUUUAAGAACAUGUCCAUUGUGUAAUCUAGAUGAGGUAGGCGAUGAAUUUCAUUAUUUGUUUGUGUGUACCCACCAUUUCUUGGUUGCCUCGCGGAGAACGCUACUUCCGGUGUGUUUUGUAUAUCAUCCGAGUGAAUUUGGGUUUCAGCAGCUGAUGAGUGUUGGUUCCAGGUGUGUGCUUGCUGACUUGAGCAAAUUUGUUCAAAGGCAUGCCAAAAGAACAGCACUGUUUAGAAAGGAAAGAAAGCAAGCAUUGCAGACCUGCCAUAUGCCUCCAAAGAUUACCUCCAGAAUCGUUGAUUUUUACAUAAAGGGGAACGAAACAAGUAUUUUAACUAUGACCACCAUUUGCUAUCCCUAUUACAAAGGAUAAUUAUAUAAUACAGCAUUAAAAUCUUUCAACAUAAACUUAAAGUCUUUUUUUAUUAUUAUUAUUUGCAGCAUGCCAAACACAAGAGAGUUUUUAGAACUCAAAUGAAAAGGAAUGGACAAGCCAUGCAAAGAAAUCUGUUGAGGGCUCCGUAUGUGACAUCUGAUAUAGUGGACGUUUACCUCAACGGAGAAGAUCUUAAAAUUCUGACAAUUACCUCUGUGUCUUAUUCAAGUAAAAAAAAAACUUUAGCUAGCUGCCUAUCGAUGGACGGAUCAGGACUGGGAAAAGAAGCCAAAUAGGAGUGACUGACAAACCUCAAAAAGUGGAGACCUGAAGAUCUGACCAACUUUCUCCAAACAGCAAAGCUCACAAUACAAUAGAGAGCAUUUUAGCAGCUACUUGCAGACUCCCAUCCUACCUGUCGCAAACCUGGGGCAGGGUCCGUAGUUUUGGUAGGGGGUACGAUUCCCAUCACCAGUCCAACACACCGUCUAUACCCCCACCAAAUCUACGUCGACACUUACCGCGUGCUACCACACUAAAUUGCUUAUUAAUUACCCACUUUAAUCAGCUCGAGCCCCCAAUGAUAGUCAAAAGAAAGAGAAAAGUAUAGGAAUUAAUUCCCUUUACUCCGGUUUUGGCCAAUAAAGCACCAAGCUUCUGGGUAACUAGGACGGUGGCCGACCAAACCUCUUGUCAACCUGCGGGUUGGGCUCUAUCAGCCAACGUCCUUCUGUAACCAGUGUACUGUCUAAAUUUGUAACCCUGUGCGUAAACGAAGGAAUACAUAAAAAAACGUAAAGUUGGGUUAUUUGUGAAAAUCAUUACAGCCCCACAUUAAAACAGCUAUUCAUGGUAUUUAUUACACUGAAAAAUUACCUUUAUCACCACCUUCAGUAUUUUCAUUUUGCUGUAUUGGCACAUGAACGAGUUAAUAAAGUCUUGUUUUAUUAUUAUUUGCAGCAUGCCAAAAAAACAACCGUAUUCAGGACAGAAAUAAAAAAAACUUUGAUGACCUGCCGGCCUCCGAAGGUCACCUCAAGGGUUAUGGAUUUUUAUACAAGAGGAAAUCAAACUAAUAUAUUAACCAUGACAACUAUCCAAUAUCCUGAUUAUAAUGGCUAAUUAUAUAACGCAGCAUUAAAAUCUUUCAACAUAAACUUAAAGUCUUUUUUUAUUAUUAUUAUUUGCAGCAUGCCAAACACAAGAGAGUUUUUAGAACUCAAAUGAAAAGGAAUGGACAAGCCAUGCACUGUUUAGAAAGGAAAGAAAGCAAGCAUUGCAGACCUGCCAUAUGCCUCCAAAGAUUACCUCCAGAAUCGUUGAUUUUUACAUAAAGGGGAACGAAACAAGUAUUUUAACUAUGACCACCAUUUGCUAUCCCUAUUACAAAGGAUAAUUAUAUAAUACAGCAUUAAAAUCUUUCAACAUAAA